UGGGGGCGGGGGCGGGAGGGGGCCGCCCGCGAUGCCGGGCGCCCGCCGCAGCCGCCGCCGGAGCCCGGGAUGGGGCGAGAGGCUGCGGCGCCCGCCAGCAUCUCCCCGCCGGGGGCCCCGGGGGCCGCGGAGCCGCCGCCGCCGCUGCUGCCGCCGCCGCUGAGACCCGGCGGGCGAUGGGAUGAAGAUGCGACGCUACAAGCUCUUCCUCGUGUUCUGUAUGGCCGGCCUGUGCCUCAUCUCCUUCCUGCACUUCUUUAAGACGCUGUCCUACGUCACCUUCCCGCGGGAACUGGCCUCGCUCAGCCCCAACCUGGUGUCCAGCUUCUUCUGGAACAAUGCCCCUGUCACGCCGCAGGCCAGCCCCGAGCCCGGCGGCCCCGACGUGCUGCGCACCCCGCUCUACUCGCAUUCGCCGCUGCUGCAGCCGCUGCCCCCCAGCACGGCGGCGGCCGAGGAGCUGCACCGCGUGGACUUCGUGCUGCCCGAGGACACCACCGAGUACUUCGUCCGCACCAAGGCCGGGGGCGUGUGCUUCAAGCAGGGCACCAAGAUGCUGGAGAAGCCCCCGUCGGGGGCGGGGCGGCCCGAGGAGAAGGCGGAGGGGGGCGGCGGCGGCGGGGGCGAGGGCGCAGCGGGGGCGCGCGGGCCGGCCACGCGCCGCGCGCUGAGCGCCCAGGAGCCCCCCGGGGCCCGCGGCGGCGGUGGCGUUGGUGGCGGCGCUGGCCGCGGGGGCGCGCGGCGCAAGUGGGUGGAGUGCGUGUGCCUGCCCGGCUGGCACGGGCCCAGCUGCGGGGUGCCCACCGUGGUGCAGUACUCCAACCUGCCCACCAAGGAGCGGCUGGUGCCGCGCGAGGUGCCGCGGCGCGUCAUCAACGCCAUCAACGUCAACCACGAGUUCGACCUGCUGGACGUGCGCUUCCACGAGCUGGGCGACGUGGUAGACGCGUUCGUGGUGUGCGAGUCCAACUUCACGGCGUACGGCGAGCCGCGGCCGCUCAAGUUCCGCGAGCUGCUGCGCAACGGCACGUUCGAGUACAUCCGCCACAAGGUGCUGUACGUCUUCCUGGACCACUUCCCGCCGGGCGGCCGGCAGGACGGCUGGAUCGCCGACGACUACCUGCGCACCUUCCUGACGCAGGACGGCGUGUCGCGCCUGCGCAACCUGCGGCCCGACGACGUCUUCAUCAUCGACGACGCGGACGAGAUUCCCGCGCGCGACGGCGUGCUCUUCCUCAAGCUCUACGACGGUUGGACCGAGCCCUUCGCCUUCCACAUGCGCAAGUCGCUCUACGGCUUCUUCUGGAAGCAGCCCGGCACGCUGGAGGUGGUGUCCGGCUGCACGGUGGACAUGCUGCAGGCCGUGUACGGGCUGGACGGCAUCCGCCUGCGCCGCCGCCAGUACUACACCAUGCCCGGCUUCCGCCAGUACGAGAACCGCACGGGCCACAUCCUGGUGCAGUGGUCGCUCGGCAGCCCCCUGCACUUCGCCGGCUGGCACUGCUCCUGGUGCUUCACGCCCGAGGGCAUCUACUUCAAGCUCGUGUCGGCCCAGAACGGCGACUUCCCGCGCUGGGGCGACUACGAGGACAAGCGCGACCUCAACUACAUCCGCGGCCUCAUCCGCACCGGGGGCUGGUUCGACGGCACGCAGCAGCAGUACCCGCCCGCCGACCCCAGCGAGCACAUGUACGCGCCCAAGUACCUGCUCAAGAACUACGACCGCUUCCGCUACCUGCUGGACAACCCCUACCGGGAGACCCGCGGCCCCGCCAACGCCGUUGAGGGGACCCGGCGGAACAAGGGCUCUGAGCCCAGGGCCCCGGCCCGGGACGAGCUCGACGUGGUGGAAGGCUGAGGCUGCGUGGGUACGGGUCAGAGCCAUCCCCCGGGGGAUGAGCUGGGGAGCGGCCAGUGCCCCUCCGGCCCCGUCCAGCCUCCCCCUGCCCGCUGCGUGCUUCUAGAAAAAAACAAAAAACAAAAAACAGGCGUGGAGGAGCAGGGUGGGGUGGGAGUUCUUGCUCCCCACGCCCCUGGCAGUCUGGGCCCAGGCCUGGGAGCUGCACCGCGACCCCCGCCCCUUGCACCUGCAUGAUGGUUGUGGGUCACCCCCCCCUCUGGGAGGCCAGGCGGUUCGUGCCAAGCCCGCAGUGGGACAGGGGGGUGCCUGCGUUCCCAGGACUCUGUAAAUAGACGCACUGGGGCCCUGGGGAGGUGGGGGGCAGCCUCGGGUCAUCAGAGACCACCCCCCUGGCCGCCCCACAGGACCCCCACGCCUCCCCCCCCCUCGCUCCUGCCCGUCGCUUACCCCCAGUUGGCCUGAGCCUGGGGACUAGCCUGGCCCCGCGACACUCCCCGCCCCCCCAUGGCUCUCUCGUGGGGAGCCAGGAGCGCGGCCCGCAGGCCAGGUGGAGGCCGUAGGAGACGCCCCGUCCCCUCUCCCUGUUGCAGACCCCCAGCCGGAGCUCUCUGGCUCAGGGGGAGCCCCCUGAGGCCCCCCUCCUCGGGACACGCGGGGGAAGGGGGCCCAGGAAGGGGUCACCAUGCUGCUGUGCGCCAAGGGACACUAAAGCCAGUUGAGUGCCACCUCCUUCCUCUCCGCCUCUCGGGGCACAGUCAUGAGGGGGUAGAUUCCGAGCUGCUGUGAUUAAGACGCCCCCCGUGGAGAGGGGCUGGCACGAGCUUAGGUGGGGCCGUCCCCGGCUAGGGGAAGGCGGUGGGGGCAGGAAAAUGGGUAGGAAGGCCGGCCCGGGAGGGGGCGGGGCGGCUGGCGCUUCUGCCCGCAGCUGAUUGGCUGUGGCCCGGCCACGUGACGGCGGCCCGGGCCCCGCCCCCCGAGCGUGCGUGUAUUUAUGGGCAUGGGUGCAUGCUGGCUGUGGCCUCGUCUGUGUCUGUGUGUCCUGUAAAUAGAUGCUUGCGUGGAUGUGGGAGCUGGGCCGGGGCUCUGCGGCCACGCUGCCGCAGCUCCCCCGAAGGACAGAGGCAAAAGGCCCUGGGGUGGGGGGAGAGGGAUCCGGAAGGCGAGGCGGAAGGGGGCGCGGGAUCUGUCUGUCCGUCUGUCUGUCCGUCUGUCUGUCUGUGUCUUGCGGUCCAAGGAAUGCGAGUCCUCCCGACCUAAGGGCUGUCCAGCUGCGAGCUCACUACCUCCCCAGUCCCCGCCCCCAUCCCUGCCCCCUGCCCCCUGCCCGCCCGCGGGGACUUGGGCCCACCAAGGGGGGGCCAGGGUGGAUGGGUGCCCCUUGCCUCAGCUGUCGGGGGACGAGCCGGGCCGCAGCCUCCGAUGCGGGGGGGGCGGGCUCUGUUGCCCCCACUCCCACCCAGGGGAUGCCCUCUCUGGUCCCUGUGUGAGGGGGGACGGUGCAACGUGACCCAUGCAGUCGGAGUGUCCCUAUGGCUCUGAAAAGUCACCUUAGGCAGGGCCAGACAGUUUCUGGGGCUUCUGGUCUGUGCCCGGACCCCAGGCCUGGGCUCACGUCCUGACAGCCCCCCCACCCCGGCCCGCUGGGUGCCCUCAGCUGCCGUGACAGCAGGCAUCCACGGCCACCGGGGAAGGGACAGCUGCUGGGGGUCCCCACCAGAUGGCCAGGGUGAGGCGUCAGCCUUUCCAGUCCAACCAUAUCAUACACUGGGAAUUUAGAGGGGGGCCCCGGGUCCCCCCCCAGCAUAAAGGGAAGCCAAACUCAAUGUGAAUGCCGCCGCCCCACUGACCCGCUCCCGGAUCAGGGGCUCCCGGAACCGGAACUAUGCUUGCCUGACCUCAGACACAGAGAGCCCUCCCAGCCCCGGCUUAGGGGGGCUCCGGGGUGGGGGCAGGUGGAGGAGGAGCACUUCAGGGGCGAAGGCGAUGGGGGUGGGGAAACGGGGCUGGCCAAACAGCUGGCGGGGCCCCCGGGAAAUGUAUAAUAUAGGGACACCGAUAAUAAUAAUAGUAUUAUUUUUUUUGUAAGGGAAAAAUCAAUAUGUACAUUCGGAAAUCAUUUUCUCUGUAAAUGGUUGGAUUUCAUUUCACCCUUAAAGGGAUGCUUAAAGGAGAAGAUACUAUUAAUAAUAAAAACAGCCAUCGAGUCUGAA